AUGGCUAAGCCUGACCCCUCCUCAUUAGCUGAAGUUGUAAAGCAAGUAGCAUUGCAACAGCAGACACAGGCCUCUGAGAUAGGAAAAAGCAAGGCCAUCCUUGGACAGCUGCAGGCUCAGCUUCGGGACCUUGAGACCCAUACAAAUACAUUGGUAGCAGAAACAAAGGCAAUAGAAAGCCAAAUUUGUCAUCAAGAUGAAGCCGUAACAGCUACAAACCAUCACUGUGAAACUCUGCAAACUCAGACUAAAGCCUUGUAUGCUGAGAACUUAACACUGAAGUUUGACACAGAAAUGUUGCAAGAAGAGUUUAAAAUUAUGUUGCUAAGAAAUGAGGCCUACAAUAAGAACAUCUUAGCUCACAAAGACCGAUUUGGGGAGGUAGAAAGCAAAUGGCCACUUAUGGUUGAGGUUGCUAACAAAAGAGCCACCGUCAAAGAGCUGAUUGCCAAGAAGGAGGAGUUAAUGUCUGCUCUUCAGAAUCCCGAAGGAAAUUCUCUUGACUCAGUUCAGAAUGAAAUUGUGUGUUUAGAAAAGGAAAUUAAUGCAUUGAAAGAAGAUGUCAGUGGAAAGGAGAAUAUACUCCAAGAUGAAAAAAAUGUUCAAGUUUGUCUACGAAAGGAAAUUGAGGUGGAGAAUAAAAGGUGUGGAGCUAUCCUAAAACGUUUGCAUUGCCAGGUGAAUAAAUUACAGGCCAGCCAAAGGCAGGGCCAUUGGAACGUUCAGCACAUGGAAGACAGAGCAGCAGAGUUAAGAAAGCUUCUUGGAGCGGCUGACUGAAUGGCAGCAUUGCCUGCCCUCUCUAUGCAGAAGAGAAAGAGUUUUGACAUAGCCACCCAUCCUUUUAAAAAUUAUAGGUAUAAUGUAAUAAAAAUCCAUGUCUUGCCAACAGAAUAGUAGCUGCGAUGCAUCAAAGCAACAAGCCUGAAGCAACCCCCUUUCAGGUUUCAAGGGCGUCAUCAUUACUUGACCGGCUGGUCUCGUAAAGUCCUGUUGUGGUCAUUGCUUUUAGGCCUCACAGAUGUAGUUAUGGAAGCCAAGCCACCAAGCAGAAUCGAUUCUGGAUUAAUUUCAUCACAUGUAAAACCAGUCUGACAGUCAAAACAGACCGGGAGAUGAUGGGACCUUCCUAGCACGUUGUCAGGCUAAAAGUUGGGUGCCAGGAUUGGAGCCACCUGAGAAGGGGAAAGAGGAUUUAAUUCUUCCGUCCUUUGGCAUACUGAACCUCCCCUGGGGCCCAUACCUCUGUUACCGUUAGAAGGGGAAAAGGCACCUGGAGAGAGGGGAUGAUUUUUGUAGGUAAAAUGGUGCAGUGGAUCAAUUAUGCCCCCCCCCACACACACACACAUACACAUACACACUGCCCUAAAAGUUAGCAUUUUAAAGACACUAGGACACCCAUAAUCUCCACCUUUGCCUAGCUUGAUCCUGAAUCUGGAAACCUAGUAAAACAACUGAUGAAAUAGGAAAAUAGGAAAAAUGCUGCCUGUAGUUGGUUAGAGAGAGCUCUCGCAGAUUUUGAUGGUGAAACAAAUUAACAAGUGAAACAUCCUAUGGGUACAACGUGUUUACUUUGAUGGAAGCCCCAGUGAAAGGCCUUGGCCUGAGACCUAACUGCUCAUCUUAAGCGCAUGCCUGCAGCAGAAUAGUUUUCAUGAGGCUAACACGUGUUCAGAACUCUAGGGGGAGAAGAGCUGAAUAAGAGCUGAGUUUGAAGUGGAGAAGCAACAACUUUUCCUUGCAAAGUUGCAUCCUCUUGGCGGGGGGGGGGAAAGGGACCACUGGGGUCUGGUGACACGCCUUUGGGCACAGGCAUAAUGAGGCGUAGGGGCCUUACAGGUCAGCAUAGUUAGGACUGGGAUUCCCAGACACACAUCCAGCCUCACUGGAGGUCUGGACAGGUAGUCCCCAUUCCUUUCCUUUUCCAGCCUUGAGAGAAGGUAGGAUGGGAUACGAGGGGUGGGUCAUCAGAGGUGGAACUUCUUCCUGUGGCUCAGCUCCCUUGAUCCACUAGCUUCCUACAGGCUUGCCAGUGGCAGAAGUAAUCCCUUGCCCACCGUGACAGAGAUCUUUUGUGAGGUGCCACUGGGUACCUCUCUCUGUGCAGGAAUUUAACUAAAUGCCAAAGCAUCUCAAAUGACUGUAUUAAAUGUCUUUUAAAUUCCUGCUCUUAUUCUCAUGUGCAGUCAACUGAAUAAAUAAAAGGUUGGACCCAGCAUUCAGGGGAAGGGGCCGUGGCCAAGGAGGGUGUUGUGGUUUGGGAAACCUGUUAGAAUUGGGCUAGGUCCUUGCUGGAAAUCCCAGAAGCACCUGGAGCUCUUUCACUGCCCUUGAGGAGUGUGGGCGGAGGGGUGAUGUUUUUUUCUUACAGAAGAAGACAAACGAACAAUAAUUUAGUGUUGUUGUUUAACUGUAUGUUUUUAUUUCUUUAACAAUAUAUUUUUGACUGCAAAACCCCCUCUGAGAUUGUUUUAGGGGUACACAUUUAAUUUCUCCUGGUAUGUUUUCCUUUGACUUUUUCCAGAAGAGGAUAACAGCAGAAUUGUAGAUGCAGUAUUUUAAGUAAAAAAAUUGUUACAAUGUUCUUAAAAGAGAUGGUAAGCACUAAAUGAACCUAAACAGAAACAUUCCAUUCAAAUGGUGGAGAGAUUAACGGGCUCUCGCCUUGCGAUAAUUAUCUUCUUGUUCAUGUUACUGUUCACAGAUAUGCCUUGUGUUUUUGUUCUUGUACUUCAGUCUUCACAGUUAGUAAUCUGAUUUUUUUUUAGAAAUAAUUGUUUUAUUUUAUAAA